GCUUUGUUUUCCCGUGAUGCUCUUCAGCAAACAGCUGUACUGUGCGAUUGAAGCACAUCGUGCAAUGGAAGUUUAGAAUGUCUUAGCAACGUUCUAGGGUUUUCGGACUUGAAAAAUCCCUUAGCCUCAGCGAGGCUUGUUUCUGUUGAAAGGCCUCGGUGGCUUUCUAUUUACAACUGGUGUAGGAAUCAGGGAUGGUGCGCAACGCGGAAGUGAAAAUGCGCAGUUGAUUCGCCUGUGGGACACUCUAUUCAUGUGUCAGCCACUUCAGACCUUGCUUCUAAUGUCAGUAGUUUGACGACUCUCCUUCGGGAGACUAGGGUGGGCAAAAUGUUGUACAUUUUCCAUGUAGAUACUGGCUCCAUGAUGACCUUUGAGAUGAACCUCGCUCUAGAGAGUGUGGCUCAUCUGAAGGAAGUCAUCGAAAGAGCAUGCCGUAUUCCACCAGAGAAGCAAGUGCUUCUGAUCAGUGGAGGACUGAGCUUGGAACCUACUGCUAGAGUAUGUUCUUACUCAGCUGGAACUGACACAAACCCUAUUUUCCUGUUUAGUAAAAGCUCAAUAGAGAGUGUAAGCCCGCCCUCUCCCAGCAUAGAUUAUGGAUCAGACAUGGAUCUCAAAGAACAGGUGGAUGCUUCUCUUAGUUUGCCAGCAUCUUACAACACAGUGGUUGUUCGAGCUCAACUGGCUCAACAGUUCUGUGAGCUUGCUAGAGACCAGACACGUAUAUGUGAAAGACUUGUUCAUGAUCAACAUUUGCAACAGCAAGGAUGGGCAGCGGUUGUUGCAAAUCUGGAAGACAGCGUGUCUGUGUUUCGCAAUCAGGGUGAGGUAUUUGAACAGAGUUAUCAACAGCAUUUGGAGUCAAGGGGUCAAUAUGUUGACCUUUUAGAAAAUUUUAAUGAGGUUCUUGUCACACUUUCCAAAAUUCCAAUCCUCCCGGGACUACUUGCUAGUGCUGUAGAGAGCAUGCAAGGGACUGAUGCAAAAUCUAAAGAUGAUGAGAUUUCUGAGGAAGAGGCUGCUCUACCUCAAGAGAAUUCAGCUUCUAGCAUGUCAGCAGUGGCAACACAUGAUGAGUCCGAACCUAUGGCUGUAUCAAAGAAAAGCAACAAUAGUUGCGGAGAAGACUGGCAACGACGGCAUGAGGAAAAGGCUGUUACACUUCUUCAGUGGAUUUCGACCAAAGACAAUCAAAGCACUCUGGAGCAAAUGGUUGAUCAAUGUGGGCGAGGUCUUGAACAGCUUGAUGAACGUGUCCUAGAAGAACUAAGAGCUAAUGUUCAGAAUGCAUUAGAAGCUGCAACCAAAACUGACAUGAAAGAUAUUAAAGGACUUGAAGAGCGUCUUUAUGGUCUGGAGCAACUCAUGUUCGAAAGUAAACGUAUUGUUCAAGAACAAACGGAUCUUGCAACAGCCUUUCAGCAGAACCAAGUUCGUGCAAACAAUCUUGGGGACACUUCAAUUCUGCCUGAUUUGUGUGCUUCUCAUCGUCGCCAGCUGCAUGUUAUGUCUCAAAAUCAUACCAGGUUGAGAGACAUACGGAAACGAUGUAAUCGAGCUAAAGAAGAGCUCUCUGUCAAUCUGUAUCAUAGAUUAAAAUGGAUUAUGUAUGUGGAGAAUCGCAUGUGUGAUGUGGCUAGCAAGUUAAUGAUAUAUCAUGAAAAUCUUAAGAGGUUGCGUCGACAUCUGGAAGUUGUUCGUCAAAUUCAAAUGGCUCCGCAGAUGUAUGUGUGUGCUGUUGGAGAAGUAGUGCGUAGGCGAACUUUUUCUCAAGCCUUCCUUUCAUGGGCUGGACAGCUGGCCUCACAAUUACAAGCGGUUCAUUCUGAGGAAUUGGGAAGGCGCCGUGAUUUUCAGACAAGAUUCGAAGGGCAUUUUUUAAAUACACUAUUUCCUGGUAUGGAGGAUUGCCCUCCUCCUUUUGCCACCCAAGCUCCUGUUGCAUUUGACACUAUGCUGCCAAAGCUGAGUAAAGAAGAUGUGGAUAGGCUGAGGAUUGAUGUGCCUAGUUUAGCAAUGUCACUGACUGUACCAGAACUUGGUCAAAUUGCCAAGCUGUUUGCAAAAUAUACUCCCAAAUCUCAGAAGUCCAUAGACAAGAAUAAUGCUGCCAUCGAGAAUCAGUUGGUAACAGCAGUUACCUCAGCAAAUCUUGAAUGUACGGAUUUGAAAGCUGAAAAGCAAUCAGCUGAGCAGAUUUGUGACCCUGUUUCUGGUAGCUCCACUGCAAGCCCCAACUCUUUACCCCUACGGGAUGAUAGGGAAUUUGAGUCUGAAACUGACACAGAAGAGUUUGAGAAGGUGGGUCAGAGCCCUAUAGAUAUGGAUCGCAUUGCUACCACUGUUGCUACUUCAGAGGUUGGUGUUCAGAGUGUGUGCUAUCAAGAUAUUGGCAUACAAUGCAAUUCUCGACAGAUUCCGCCACAGACUCCCAGUGGCCAUUCAGGAGACAGUUUUUCUAUGUCAAUGGACAAAGAUGUGUGCGAUUUGCCAAAAGCUAAUUUGGUGGAAGUUGGCAUCCAGUUUGAUGGCGAAUCUGAAGCCUCAGUUUUGUGUGGCAGUGAGAGCCCGAGUGAUGUGCCGACCCCAUCCACAAGUUCCUCGCUAUUUCCUGCUACAGAUUCUGGAAUACAGUGCGACAAUCUUUUAGGAAGCUGUCUACGUAUUUCCUCAACUGUAUCUCAGGGUGCUGCUGAUGUUGCUGUUCAAGUUUCUUCUCUUGAGGCUUGUGCCUCUCCUCUUCCUCGUCUUAUAGCUAUUGGCUCUCAAUGCGAGUUCUCAUCAUCUCCUACUACAGCUGCCGAUGUAGCUGUUCAAUGUACCUCACCUUCAUCUGCUACGUCUUCCUUAAUUGUUGAUCGUUCAUGGCCCAUUCGUGGGCCUCGACUUCACUCGGCAUCUGAAUUGCGCAGCCAUGUCGCAACUCAAUGCUCUUCCCCUAUCCUUCUCUCGCCCUCUCAGACACAUGGGCAACAUGUGACUGCAGAGUUCCUGGCCACAGAAUUCUACAUGGAUGAGUCUAUGCCAUCAAGCUUUACUGAGAGCAACAGCUUGAGGAGUCACAAUGUCUCUGACAUAGACAAACCCAUUCAGGAUUCUCAAACUUUGGUGCGACUCUUACAGGACAACCUAGGAAAUGCUCAACUUCAGGUUGAAAGAGCAAAGGCUCAGUUAAGCUCUGUGGAAAAGGUUGCACUAGCAGCCACGGAAAGUUUGCGUGCUGAACUGGGCCAAAUUCGUGGUCAAGUGGCAGUAGAAAGGGAAGAUUUCCUGAAAUUACUGGACACUUUCAAAGUGGCAUGGGAACAGCUCCUUUCUGCUGGCAAUUUUGCUCACUCUGCUGCUAAUCAUCUUGAUCUGAAAGUAGAACUUGAAAGAGAACGUAGAGCUAUGUCUGCCAAAGAUGAUUUAAUUAGAACUUUGACUCAGUCUGUCGAAGAGCGUACUGCCACUGUGGAGCAGCUAGAGGCUUCUUUACGUCAGCGUCUUAUGGUUGAAGAGGAGCAGAGAGCUCAGGCAGAGCAGCUUCAGCGUCGUUUGGAAGAAACUGAGAGUAGUGGGAAUGAUUCAGAACAACUGAGAUGUUCAGAACUUGAGCGACGCUUAGAGGAACUGGAAAAUGACAAAACUCACUACAUAGAGUUGCAGACCCGGCUUGAUAGCAUCAGCAAGGAUACUGUGGCUGAUUUAAAUCGGGCUUUAGAGGAACAGAAGGCUUCUCUUGAACUUUUACAUCAACAAAGAAUGAAGCAGCUGCAAGAAGAAUUUGAAGUCGACAAAGCUAGAGCAUUGAAGGAUAUGUCAGAUCAAUUGUCUCGUGACCACCAUUCAGAGCUGGAAGGAUUGCGGUCAAGAUUUAGGCUUAUGGCAUGCGCCUCUUCAGAAAGAUCUUCAAGUGAAAGCAGCUUAGAGAAAACUGAGGGUGCCAGAAGUUCCAAAGUCGAUGUUGAUUUAGAGGUUUUACUUAGAGAGAAAGAUUUGGCUGUACAGGCAGCUGUUCAGGAAACAGAAAAAAGGCUACACUCAGGCUUUGAAGCUAAGCUUCAGCAAGAACUCCGAAAUAUAAGGCUUAAAAUGGAGGCUGAAAAGCAGGUUUGGUUUAAUGAUGCUGUGCGGAGAGUAGUUGAAGUUAAAGAGCGUCAUCUUAGAGAGAGAGAAGCUGUGCUGAAGGAAGAAUGCCAAAAACAUAAAGAUACCAUUCGCAGGAUUACUGACGAAGCAGGUCCCUCGUCUGGAAACUCAGAUAAUAGUGGAGUUGUGUGGCAACUCCAAGACAGAAUAAACCAGCUGGAGACUGAGUUAACUGAAGCUAGAAGUCGAAGUGGUGCGAUGGGCAUAUCCGUUGCAAUAGAUUCUUCUGAAAAUGUUACCAGCCGCGAUGCUGCUACAAGCCCAGAACCACUCAGCCUAAAGAAGAAUUUAACAUGUAGUGCAAACAAUUUGCUCCAACAAGGCAAAAUAAGCAUUUUAACUUGUUUUCCUGGUGAUGCAGUGCUUGUAGUUUGGAAUGAUACCCAUCAAAAUUAUGUUAUACUUCAAGAAUCCAGCACACUCUUUUUUGUACAUUCUGAUUCCCUUGAAUCCCUUGGCUUAUCUCUUAAAACAGAUGGAGGCAGACGUAAAAUAUAUAAUACGGCUGAAGUGAUUGAGAAGGAGUAUUGUCAUGCCAGAAAGUCAGAGAACAGGUACCGUGUUCCCAAAGGAACUAAGUUUUACCGUGUGAAGGUAAGACCUCUUCAAGAGGAUAGUUUAAUGCUGAGAAGCAGUUGUCGCUCCAAAGUUCAGCCACAACACCUCCAACACUCACUGCUUCAUCAGCCAGAAGAAAUAAAAAAAGUGGACAUAAGUGUGGCGAAUGAAUCUGAAGCUGUUUCACUGCCAUGUGCAGCUUCUGGACCUCUCAGUGGUAGCAGUGCUAGCAGUUUGCCAGACAUGGCAAUCACUGAUGCAUCCCAAUAAUAUGUAAAACUGUUGUGUUGCAUGAACGCCCAGGUGAAAGCAGGAAAAUGUGGCUGUGAAGAGAACAGAAAAGGUUUGCCUGAUGUAGUCCCAGAUGUGAUAAUUAUCAGAGGUGCAUCUGACGUUUCUUCUCUUGAGAAAAGGGCAUGUAUUGAAAAACAAACAAAAAUAUAAUUACAUAUCUAGAUGUUAAUUUGUGUAAGAAGAACUUUCCCCUAUUAUACAGGAUAGGUUUGAUUUUAGUGUCAUGUAUAUUUAAUGUAAGCUCUGAUUUCCUGAAUGACUUCAGAUUUUCCCUGCACCUUAAAAGGAGCCAAGAAAUGCCAACUUAUCGCAUUUACUCUAAAAUUUUACCAUUUUAAAAUUUGAUUUGUUUAGUGCCAUUUAUCAACAAGUGUCUCAUUUUCACUUAGUCUCUUUGACUCUGUAUUUUCUGUAGUUUACAUAAUCCCAAAGUUUUUCUUAAUUUUGUUUUUCAAUAAUGAUGUUUAUCUUGACGGAUCAUGAAAGAAUAUCUUAGCCCUUCCUCCUGUAUUUCUUAAUAACUCUAUUUGAUAAAACUUUUUAUAGGAUUACUAUAACUGAGUCAGGAUUGUGUGUCAAUAUCAAAAUGGCAGAUGAAGGGGCUGUUCUUGUUGUACUGGCUGGGUUACAUAGCUAUCUAGCAUAUAGACUUAAAUAAUUUGACUUUGGUGAGGCUGCCAGCUCAAAGUUGACUGCAGUGGAUCAAAUUGGAGUGACCAUGUGUUCUCUGUCAAAUAACUAAGGGUUUUGGUUCUCGUUCUUUUCCUUAUUAGUAUACUAUAUGGGGUCUGCAUAUUACCAUUUAAAUGUAAUCAAAAUGAGGCUGUGCAUUAGUAUGUAAUUUCUUGUAUGGAAGAGGUGAAGCUUGACAUAGUGUAUCUCACUGUUCUGCAUCAACAAAUUUAAAUUCUUGACACAGUAUUGCAAUUUGCUUCAAUAGUACUUUAAACAUCAGUUUUUAGCAACAAACAAAAAGGAAAUAAAAAGAAUGAUGUGUAGGACAAAACUUUUAAAAUAGAUUACUGUAGGUAAUAAGAGAAAAAAAGGGAAAAUAAUGCACUAUAGCCCGGUUUUGCAUGGUAUUCCCAAAUGUGCCAAUGUCUCUUGAGCAAUGAUAAGUUUAAUUUUCGUUGCUGCAAUGCUCAAAGACUCAUAUUUUUAUCUUGUGUGGCAUUUCACUCCAUUAACAAAAUAAGCUUGCACAGCACUUUGCAGUAAAAUUUAGAAAAGCACCAUUUGUUGCAGUCAGAAUAUGACCUGAUUUUUGUCCCUCUCUUCUUCUGGCAGUUUAUGUCAUAUUUGUGUAUUUAUUUAAGUGUGUUUGACUCUUUGUUAAUCCUUUCAUACUAAUGUUUAAUUGUUGUCUGACUGAGCAUCUAAGCUUUGAAAAAAAAAUUUAUGUUCUUAGAAGAAGAGGAGGUACUGUUCGGUGCCUGUUAGGCUUUUUUAUUUUGGUAAUUGUUAUUGGAGAUCCUAGGCUGCCUUUCAACUUAACUAAACUAUGGGAGGCAUCCAAUAGCCUUUAUGUCCCUGCAACAUGCGAAGAGGCUAACAAGUUAAAUGCUGUAAAUUUUGUAUUUCUUCCAUGUGAAACCAUCCCUGUGUCAGAUCCGUGUGUUAAAUUAACUUCUGAGGGUUCUCAUUCCUCUUGGCAAAAGGGUAUAGGGUUGAAAUAUCUAGCUACCAAAUCAACUACUUUGACAUCUACUCCAUUGUUGUAGGGCUGUGAUAGUGUACAGUGGCUUGUUGUGAUGAGAGUUUAGUUGUGUGAUGUGUUUGUUGUGAAAGUUUUGAAAAAAAUGGUAUUCUUAUCUUUCCAGCCAGUUGUUGUGGCCCAGUAUACCUCUUGUGCUUGUGGAGUGCUUUGUAUAUAAUUUAUUGCAACAUGUAUGAAAUCAGUUUCAUGCCAAUGAAUUUCAGUCUUUCAUACUACAUGUAAGAACUGUAAAGUGUAUUUAUUAUAUUUUGUAAUAUGUUCGCUAUAAGGGCGAUGUUUAAGAAAAGCAAAGAAAAGGGCAGCUGCAGCCCAAAAAUACUGAAGAAAAAGAAAGUUAGUUUGUGUGAUAACCAGAGUGUUUGUGUAGGUAGCUCUUUUGUACUAAUGUGUGUUAGCACCAUCUGGCUGAAUGUGAUAAUAUUAAGACAUACCACCACAAUCUUAACAUUUAAAUUUAUUCAUUUUACUAACAAUUUUCCUUAGAUUUGAGUUCAUUUUAAAAGUGUGUAUAUAGGCAUGUUAAGCAUAUUAAACAUGGCUCCAAAAUAUUGUCUUUUCUUGCAGCAUUUGGUUGCUUACAUGCCUCAUAACAUCACUAUCUUGUAUGCCUUAGAAAAGCUACAGCAAACAUGCUCAAAGCAGAUGUUUGAAUAGCCUCAGUCAUCUAAUUAGUGAACCCAACUAAGAUUAAAUAAAUAAUGAAGGGAUUUCACUGCCAUUGUAAUGCCCUUUGUACAUUAGUGGCUUAUCCUGCCAAGAAACAAUUUGUAAACAGACUUUCUUGGAAUAAAUUUCACCCAGGGUGAAAGUCAGACAAA